AUGGAUACAGAAGCCGACCCCACUUCAGACACUGAGCCCAUCGAUACCACAGAGAUCGCAGACGAAAACUCGCAGACGACCAGUCCCAAAAUGUCCCAGAUCUCCAACAUGUUCAAAAUGGCUCUGAGGAUCCAAAUCUGGCGCCAGAAAAAUAAAGAAGAGUUACAGGAGCAGGGCGAUUUGGCAGAACUAGCCACAUUAAAGGACGAUGAAAGUGUUAAGGAACCGGAAGAUGUUAAGGAGCCAAUGUAUGUUUCGGGCGAGGAUUUAAAAAAGAAAAAAAAAGCAGAGCGAAAACUUCGCAUAAAAGAAAUGGGAGAGAAGCGUUUCAUAAUUAGUGACGACACCUCAAGGCGAUUGUUUGGUGCAGGGGACCUAGAAGAGGAACGAAUCGCCGAUGAAGAAGAUGAUCACACGGAGUUCCGCGAGAUGCGGAAACGAGAGGAGAAAUUGCAGGCUCGUUACACGCAUCUGCUGGAGGAGGAUUACGAGGAUGCGGUGCUCCGAGAUGUGGAGGACAAUGAUUACUCCGACAUUGACGUGGAAAUAUCGUCCAUGAGCAUUCCGAGGAGAAUUGAUAAGGGCACAGAUACCGUUCGACUGAAGGAGGACUUUCUCAACGACUUUGAUUUGCCCAGUUUGUCGGACUACUCCGAGGAAUCCUUGGUGCAUGUUAAAUUUCUCAUCAAACAGGAGUCCAUCAUCCAAGCGGCAGUAUCAGAUGUUGGCAUUUUUGUUGAUCCACUAACCGGCGAGGUUCUGAGCAGCACAACCUCCACCUGGUCGGAAGAGACCCAAAGGGUAGAAGAAGAGGAGGCCAUAGAAGCGGAAGAAGAACCAGUGGAAUGCCCCGAGAUGUCUAACGAUGACCUGCCAGUCCCAAAACUUCAGGGUGACCAGUCUCUACACGAUUUUCACCAGUUCCGGCAAUCCUAUCUUACCCAGAGUCUGGGAGAGAAAGAACGAGAUAGCGAUGCCGAGGCCCGUACGCACCGAACCGAGCUAAUGAUUAUUACCCAAACCUUUCUCAAAGAUCUCAUCAACGCGCUUGUCAACAAAUCGGAGACCAUUAAUUAA